AUGUUUCAAUUCACAUCUCUCGUAUCCAAUCCGUUUGCAUCACGGUCUACACCGCCAGAAUCACCCCCAGAGCCGCCCGUCGUGUCCGAAGAAGCCGCGACCGCACCGGACCCGUUUCCUUUCCUUCGCCUGCCUUUGGAGCUCCGUGAACAAAUCUACUCUGUAUAUUUCAGCCCUGCCGAUCAUCUCGUCAAGAGUACCGAACUAGAAGCCAAGGGUUUCUUUGGGGGCGUAUACCAAUGGGACUUUGAUGUCCUCAGGGUAAACAAGCAGGUGUACGAGGAAGCAAAGAAAGUGUGGAGGAGAGAAAAUGUAUUUGUCAAGGUUGCUACACCCUGGCCUUCUGCGGUGAACCACAUCUCAUCCGAGGGUCUCGUACCCAUCGUGUGCACCGACGCCCGUGCCGACGCGUUUACGUCGUAUCAUGCCGUUGUACAGAUAACCGCACCCUUCCAUGGAGUUGUGCCUGAACAUAUGGUCGUUAUGCUCGUGGAUGAUUUGCACCUGUUUACCAAAACGUGGUACUAUAGUGCACUGUCGUAUCCUAUGCUCAAUGAGCGGCUGUCGACUACCUUUGUCCUGAGGAAUCCGUAUGCAGAGUACAACGAUGAAGAGGAACGCACAUCAGAAGCGCAGGAGGAGCAAGAAGGUCUAGGGAUCCCAAUCUCUCUGCAGCGGAAACUCUUGUUACCUUUUGAACACGUCAAAGGUCUCCAUGGAACAAGCAUACACGGCUACUCCCCCGCGGUACGCAAAGAACUUGCUCGCCUCCAAGCCAAACCUGUACCCACGUUGCGCGAAUCCGUUGAAAGCGCCACAGACUUCAUGCUAGCUGGAGACGCCGCGCUCGCAUCCUCGUCAAAUGCCGAUACCAAUAGUAAAGACGACCCUGACGCCGAAGCUGCCAACCGAGAAGCCGCCCUACAAGCUCUCGAGCUCUACAGAAAAGCAUUCCAUGCAAUCCACAUUCUGAUCCACGGACGCACACGCCGCGUCCUCGCAGACGACUUCUUCCACGAUAGCAUAACGUCCGGUCGUUACGCCGGUCAAACCGGGAUAACCAUACGCGUCGUACUACGCCUCAAACUCGUCUCACGAACCGUUGCAGCAUACAACAAACUCGGUCAAUGGGGUGAGGCUGCCUUCUGGGGCUUUCGCACGGUACAGAUCCUGCAAGAAUCGUUCAACACUGAUUUCGAACAUUUCUUAACCGACUUCAUCGAGGGCUCUGAUUCUGGUUUGAUUUAUGUACGGGCUGGAAUUGCAUUCUGGCACAUGGAGAAGGACAAAGAGGCUUGGUUGGGAGAGCUGAUUAGUUAUGCUGAUGAGCCUGUGGCUGAGAGUGGUCGGCUCUGGGCGGCGGCCCGGAGAUUUGUUAAGCCUGCUGCGAGGGCAGAUGUAAGGAAGGAGUUGCAGGAUCAUGGUGUACCACAAACGAUGAUCAACCUGUUUAGUGAUGUAGCGACUAGGGAAGAGGCUGUUGAGAGUACCGUAGCUGAUGAUGGAAGUAGUACCAGCGAGGAGUAA